AUGGCCACAACCACAGUGACCGGUCAUGGGCGACGCUCCUCCAUGCGACAAACUGAAUUGCAAAUACCAAAGUCCUCCGCCUCCCAAUCAACCAGCAGCCCCAUUGAUAAAUUUCCACCCUAUGAGGACACCAUCGAGACAGUCGCGGGGACAACUCGUCCCAACCGAAGUGCUUCCGUCAAAUAUGCCCCAAACGAGCUUUGGGAACCCCGGAAAACCAGUUUCUACUCGCGAGAACAUGCCAACGGGCCAUUGAGAAACCCCAAGCAUCGCCCACGGAAGAGUAUUAGCGAGGCCAUAUCAACCAUUCGAACGCGCAACGGCAGCAUGAGUGCCAACGCCCACGAAUUGGCCGAAGCUCUCCGUGCGCCAGUAUCCUACCGAUUGACUGCGCUAUGUGUCAUUUGGUACUUUACCUCAGCCCUCACAAACACCUCAUCGAAGUCGAUCUUGAACGCCCUUCCGAUGCCUAUUACUCUGACCAUCGUCCAAUUCGCAUUCGUCUCCUUUUGGUGUUUGUUGUUGGUAUAUCUUUCCACGAUUAUACCUCGAUUACGACAAAGCAUCCCGGUACUUCAACAUGGUAUCCGCUAUCCGUCCCGGGAGGUCAUAUCUACAGCCCUGCCUCUGGCAGUAUUUCAACUAGCCGGUCACAUUCUCAGCUCAAUGGCCACGGCACAAAUUCCUGUUUCUCUGGUCCAUACUAUCAAGGGUCUUUCCCCUCUUUUCACGGUUCUCGCAUACAGGAUUUUGUUCCGCAUCCGCUAUGCACGGGCAACAUAUUUAUCAUUAGUCCCACUUACUAUGGGAGUGAUGCUUGCGUGCUCGACUGGGGUAUCCACAAAUUUCUUCGGGAUUUUUUGCGCAUUCGCCGCAGCUAUUGUGUUUGUUUCGCAAAACAUUUUUUCAAAGAAGCUUUUCAACGAGGCAGACCGUGCGGAAUCAGAACUGCAGAACCCGGGGCGACGCAAGCUAGACAAACUCAACCUCCUUUGCUAUUGCUCUGGGCUGGCCUUUUUCCUCACUCUGCCUAUUUGGUUUGUCACCGAGGGUUACCCAUUGGUAUCUGAUUUUAUCAAUGAUGGUGUGAUAUCGCUGUCGGAGAAGAAAGGGUCACUGGACCAUGGUGCACUUCUCAUCGAGUUCAUCUUCAACGGAGUUUCACAUUUUGCCCAGAACAUCUUGGCCUUUGUACUCCUGUCGAUGAUCUCUCCCGUGUCAUACUCUGUAGCAUCCUUGGUCAAGCGCGUAUUUGUGAUUGUGGUGGCGAUUGUCUGGUUUGGGAGCUCGACCACGCCGAUUCAAGCAAUUGGUAUUUGUCUCACUUUCGUGGGUCUCUACCUUUACGACCGCAACAGCCAUGACGAUGUGGCCGACCAAAGGGCAAAUGCAGAUCAUUUCCGUGCCGAAAAGUCCAUACUUCCGAUGAAUGUGCGACAUUCGAGCAAACCGUGGGACUCGAAUGGCUAUGCCUUUCCCGCAGGUAGAAACUAUGAGGCAUCCAAUCUUAACAACUCACAUGCGGCAGCAAACAGCUCCAAAAAGGAAGAUGAUGGACCGGGACGUGUACGGCCUAGAGGAACCAGUGUUUCUCGUACAUGGUUACCAGGAACCAAGCAAGAAUCCACUUGGCAGGUCAGUGAUUCCCAAGCAGCAGCUUAG